AAUGAGUUGGCUGAUAUUGAACUGCCACCCUGCUGGAGCUGGAGACAAAAGCGCAACCAUGCUGCAGAUUUGCCACCACCACCACUACAACGUUUGCCUAAAAUUGCAACGCAUUUUCCCCAUCUGGCUCCUGGUUGACAAGAAUAUUUUCCUCAAAAAUUAGCACUAGUUUUGCCGUUCUGCAGUUUCAAUUCAAACCUUGUCUAAAGAUGUCUUCUCCGGAAAAGUCUGAGGGAGUUGCCCACCCCACUGCUGUCAAGGUCGGAGGAAUGAGAAUCACGCAGAACAAGUCUCAUUUAAAGGACAAGAAGACUGAUGCCACAGUGCCACAACCAGAGGAAGGAGAUGCUCUUAAGGUGUCUACCAGUCCUCCAAAAAGUGCUGUGUCUGCCGUGUCGGGGGCUCCGCAAAAAGGAAAUGCAGAUUUCCCAAAGGAAGCGGUACAAUCAUUCCAUGAUAAGCCCGCUCCUACUCAUGACAAAGGUGCUCCUAGUAAGCCAAUGGUGAUUCACCAACCACGAAAAUAGUCUCCUAAAAAACUUUCCAAAUUCCACCAUACGUCACCAAUAUAUAUAUUUUGGUUUCGACGGAUGGGUAACCGACCUUGUUCUGCUUUAAUGUACUUACUAAAAUGGAAUGGAUGAUGCCGAAUGUGCUGCUAUAAAUAAUAUAAAUCAACCAUAAAUAAUAUUCUAUACUAGAAUGAUUAGGGCUUACGUGCUAAAAAUGAUAAAAAACCUCGAUACAAUUCAUAAAAAUUCAUACAAUUGUGUUAACCAACCAAAAAACUUGUUUGCUAUUGUUCCUGAAACUUGUAUUCCUAAUACUUAUAUAUAGUUUAAAUAGUUUACGGUAAAAAAUUGCAAUAUAUAAGAGAACCCUGCUGCCAUGUUAAUCAAAAAAAUCUAAAGGGUUUUUACUAAUCAAUCAUAGGUAUAUAUAUACUAUACAUUCAUCACCUCUUUGUGUAAUUGAUUCGACACCUUUAAAACAGUAGCUUAUUCUUGCUAUGAAAUUAUAGACUGUUUAAACUAUAAAUAACAAAUUAAAAGGCAAUGACAGCGAACUAAAUGACUAGUAUUAUAUUUUAAAUUUGGUAUAUAUCAGUUUGUAACGGAACGGGUGAUUUCCGGUGAUUUAUCAUAGCUCAACGUAUGUUCACAGAAAAUUAUAAUAUCAUACUGUCAUUAGUUCUAUACAUUACAGUAUAUUAUGAUCCUAGGGCGUUUGGAAAACAUUGAUUGAUAUUGAUUAAGGAAUCUUCGUUACUAAUUGGAUUGAAAUAAAUUUUGACAUUCAUUGAUA